AUGAAGGGGGCGCGCCCCGCGACCGAGGAGAUCCGCCAGGACCUGCCCCGGCCGUACAAGUGUCCCCUUUGCGACCGUGCGUUCCACCGCCUGGAGCACCAGACGAGACACAUCCGCACGCACACCGGCGAGAAGCCACACGCCUGCCAGUUCCCCGGCUGCACGAAACGCUUCAGUCGAUCAGACGAGCUAACUCGCCAUUCGCGCAUCCACAACAACCCCAACUCGCGCCGCAGUAACAAGGCUCAGCACCUGGCGGCGGCCGCGGCGGCCGCAGGCCAAGACUCCGGAAUGAAUGCUUCCAACAUGAUGCCACCUCCUAGCAAGCCUAUCACUCGCUCCGCGCCAGUAUCGCAGGUCGGAUCUCCGGAUGUCUCCCCUCCCCACUCCUUCUCCAACUACGCCAACCACAUGCGCUCGAAUUUGGGCCCUUACUCCCGCACCGCGGAGCGUGCUUCCUCCGGAAUGGAUAUCAAUCUCCUGGCUACAGCGGCGUCGCAAGUAGAGCGUGAUGACCACAUGGGCUUCCACGGCUCGCGGGGACACCAGAUUUUCGGCUCCCGUCAUCACGGCACUAGCCGUGGCCUCCCUUCGCUCUCCGCAUAUGCGAUUUCGCAGAACAUGACCCGUUCGCAUUCCAACGAUGACGAUGAUGGCUAUGGCCACCGUGUCAAGCGCUCUCGUCCCAACUCUCCCAACUCCACCGCUCCUUCUUCUCCUACCUUCUCCCACGAUUCUCUCUCCCCUACCCCUGAUCACACUCCAUUGGCUACUCCUGCACACUCGCCCCGUCUGCGCCCUCUUGGUGCCAGCGAGCUGCAUCUGCCUUCGAUUCGCCACCUGUCUCUCCAGCACACCCCUGCUCUCGCGCCCAUGGAGCCGCAACCAGAAGGGCCCAAUUAUUACAGCCCCAACCAGGGGCACAUGGGCCCAACCAUCUCCGAUAUCAUGUCGAAACCCGACGGCACACAGCGCAAGUUGCCCGUGCCCCAGAUUCCCAAGGUUGCGGUGCAGGACAUGCUCAACCCCGCGGCCGGAUUUUCUUCCAUGAACUCGUCAGCCACCAAUUCCGUUGCUGGCGGGGACCUGGCAGACCGGUUCUAA